ACUAGUAAUAGAUAGUAGUAGCUCCUUGUGCAUAAAGUGGGGUAUAAAGAGCCCAGACCCCAUGCUCUCUCUCUCUUCCCUUUUACCCCGCUCCAGCUUUCCUUAAUACCCCCACCAUCUCUUUCUUCUCUUCCUUCAAAUCGACCAGAUCAGAGAACUACAUGAUGGCUGUCCCUUCGAAAGACAGAAUCGAGCCCGACUCCUUCAACGUCCCAGUGGGCCAGUUCCCCGCAACCGCCACAUCAACUGGUAUUGACGCCGACACCAUUGCAUCCAAUGUUAUACGAUCACUGAACACAGCCUUGGGGCUGAACCGAUCUCAGGAGAUCUCAAAACUGUUCCUGGAAGAUGGCUACUGGCGAGACCAUCUCGUUCUAACCUGGGAAUUCCGUACCAUCAAGGGCCAAGAGAACAUCUCUAACUUCCUCAAGGAGAACCCCCGUUCUCUACAAAUAGAGAUCGAUCGGUCGUCCGCUUUCCGCGCUCCUUCUAUCUUUCCAAUCGAUAGUUUUGGAGAUGUCACUGGAAUCCAGUUCUUCAUUGAAGUCACCAAUGAUGUAGGAAGCGGAAAAGGUGUAGUACGACUGGCUGAGAAGGACGGCGAGUGGAAGAUUUUCACGUUCUUCACAUCCCUGCUUGAGCUCAAGGGUAGUGAGGAGAAGAUCAAUCAUCGCCGACCUGUGGGAGUAUCACAUGGUGAGCAUCAUGAUAGGAGGAAUUGGCAGGAUAGACGAACCGCGGAUUUCGACUUUGUGGGGAAGACCCCGACAGUCCUGAUAGUUGGUGCUGGCCAAGCUGGACUGACAAUUGCUGCCCGCCUGAAAAUGCUCGACAUCGAUACUCUGAUCAUUGAUGAGGAAGAUCGCAUCGGAGACAACUGGCGUAGACGGUAUCACCAGCUUGUGUUGCACGACCCCGUGUGGUUUGAUCAUAUGCCCUAUCUCCAGUUCCCAGCAAACUGGCCUAUUUUCACGCCAAAGGACAAGCUCGCAGAGUUCUUCGAGUGCUAUGCUAAGCUGCUCGAACUGAACGUGUGGACUAAGACCAAGCUCCACUCGACAUCCUGGAGCGACGCGAACAGCGUGUGGACCGUUGAGCUCCAACGGCAGAAGGAGGAUGGUACGGUCGAGACUCGUACCUUCAAUCCCCGCCAUGUCAUCCAGGCGACCGGCCACUCGGGUAAGAAGAAUCUGCCCAAUUUCAAGGGGGUUGAGACUUUCCAAGGGAAACGUAUCUGCCACAGCUCCGAGUUCCCCGGCGCGGAUCCCAAGAGCAAAGGCAAGAAGGCAGUUGUGGUUGGCUCCUGUAACUCAGGUCAUGACAUUGCACAUGACUAUUUCGAAAAGGGGUAUGAUGUGACGAUGGUCCAACGUAGUUCGACCUGCGUCGUUUCCUCCGAGGCCAUCACUAAGAUCGGACUGAAGGGCUUAUACGAGGAGACCGCCCUUCCGGUUGACGAUGCAGACUUGUGCCUCUGGAGCAUUCCCACUGAGAUUUUCAAGGCGCAACAGAAGAAAGUCACAGCGGUUCAGAACCAGCAUGACAAGGAAAUCCUAGACGGGCUGGAGAAGGCUGGCUUUAAGGUGGACCAGGGACCGGAUGAUGGGGGUCUUUUGAUCAAGUACCUCCAGCGUGGUGGCGGUUACUACAUCGAUGUCGGAGCCAGUAAGCUCAUCGCCGACGGCAAGAUUAAGGUCAAACAGGGACAAGAGAUCGCCGAGGUCACUCCGCAGGGAUUGCUCUUUGCCGACGGCUCCCAGCUAGAAGCGGAUGAGAUCAUCUUUGCAACAGGCUACCAGAACAUGAGGACACAGGCACGUAUCAUAUUCGGAGACGAGGUAGCGGAUCGCAUUCAGAGCGUCUGGGGAUAUAACGAGGAGGGCGAAAUGCGCACAAUGUGGCAGCGCAGUGGGCACCCCGGUUUCUGGUUUAUGGGUGGUAAUCUGGCGCUGUGUCGGUACUAUUCGAAACUGCUGGCUUUACAGAUUAAGGGCAUGGAACUGGGUCUUAAUCACUGAACAUAACUUGCCGGGGGUAUCAAGCUUCCUAUUCAUUCUUAAGAUGGCUAGAAUUAAAUCAGAAUGAAACAUACAAAUGAGCAUACAACCUUUUUCACACAUAUUGAUUCACCCAACCCUCCUGCGCCGCCACACAAACUCCCAUCGUUAACAGGCAAGUGUACAGCGCCGCAUCCUCGUCAACAUCUCCAUGCCCUCCGUCUUGCCGAAGCAGGAGGGUUGGUAGACUUCGAGGAUUGGGGUGGGUCGGCGAGAGGUGGGU